GAAGUGGCUCAGCUGCAGUAGAAGAAGCUGUUUGGAUCUGGAACAGAGCUGCUGGUAAGAUCUUGCUUUGGAAAUGAUGAUGACAUGGUCGAGCUGAAGAGAAGACCGAGACAUUUAUUCUCCACUCCAAUUUGGGUAAACCUGUGAAAUCACCUCCAGGAUUCCCUGCGUUCCUCACCAUGGCGAAGAGCGCCGAAGUGAAGUUAGCCAUCUUCGGGCGAGCAGGAGUUGGGAAGUCAGCUCUCGUUGUGCGCUUCUUAACCAAGCGGUUCAUCUGGGAGUACGAUCCGACACUUGAGUCUACUUAUCGCCAUCAAGCCACCAUAGACGACGAAGUUGUUUCCAUGGAACUACUAGACACAGCUGGCCAAGAAGAUGCCAUUCAGAGAGAAGGACACAUACGAUGGGGCGAAGGCUUCGUGCUGGUUUACGACAUCACUGACCGGGGAAGCUUCGAAGAAGUCCUUCCCCUUAAGAACUUGCUGGAUGAAGUGAAAAAACCCAAGAACGUCACUUUGAUCCUAGUCGGGAACAAAGCAGACCUGGAUCACUCCAGGCAGGUCAGCACGGAGGAAGGGGAAAAGCUCGCCACUGAACUCGCUUGCGCCUUUUACGAGUGCUCCGCUUGCACGGGGGAAGGCAACAUCAUGGAGGCCUUCUACGAGCUUUGCCGGGAAGUGCGCCGUCGGAAGAUGGUUCAGGGCAAGACCCGGAGACGGAGUUCCACCACUCACGUCAAGCAAGCGAUUAACAAGAUGCUCACCAAAAUCAGCAGUUAAAUGUGGUGUCCCCCCCCCCCCAAAAAAAGAUUAUUGUAAAGCAGGUUAAUCUUGGGCGGAGAGAGACUGCGAGGCUAGGUGGUAAUCAGUCAACAACAUAGUUAAAGUUAUGUUUAACUAUCCCAUGUUCUUUCUCCGCAGGUUAAGAGAAGGGAAGCAAGCAGGUUGGUAUGGGAGCAUAUGUUCAUCCUCCAAUCUACCCUGUGAAUUGUAUCUCUCAGGGCUUUUUUUUGUACCAGGAGUUCCUUUGCAUAUUAGGCCACACCCCUCUUGUGUAGCCAAUCCUCCAAGAGCUUACAGGGCUCUUAGUACAGGGCCUAUUGUAAGCUCCAGGAGGAUUGACUACAUCAGGGGUGUGUGGCCUACUAUGCAAAGGAGUUCCUGCUACAAAAAAAAAAGCAGUUGACUAAUCACAUAUAUAUUUUUGAAA